UAAUAAUUUGACAAAAAAAAUAAAAAUAAAAUAAAAUAAAAAAAUGCCUUGUUAAGUAAAUUAAAACCUGUUAAUCUUUGUGAGAAAUAAAGACAAUUUUGAUCUAACUUUUGUUCUUGUAGAUGGCCACACAUUACUUCAGAGCCUCCUGCAUCUUAAUUGGGCUUCUUAAUUACACCGCCACAUUGACAGAAGAGCGGAUGUGAUGAUAGGUGUUCCUGUAAGGUGAGAAGAUGGGGGAGCCGCAGAAGUGUGCGCGCAGUCUCCCCGGGUGUUGGUCCCUGUGUCUCAGACGGACUGAUUUCUAUCUCACUUGUUCAUUAGCAGGACCGUGGGACGGUUUAAAUCCUCCGAGGCCCCUCACUUAUCAGUUAGUGAAGAGUUUCGCCCGGCAGCGCCUUCGGGACCAGCUCCAGCACACCGUGAGUAAAAAGAAAUUAAAAAUUAAAAAUUAAAAAAUAAAGUUUCAAACGCCCGCAGCAAAUGAUGAGGAUGCAUCCCAGUUCCACGACCUCCACCCCGUUCUCUGUUAAAGACAUUUUGAAGUUGGACUACCACCAGAACGAGUAUGAAAAUGAUCUUCAGAUGAUGGACCAAGUUGUUCCGAUGCAUCAACAUCAGCUUAUGCGCGCUGCCUCCAAAAGCGACGGGUUUUAUGACGCACAGUCUGAGCGGUGCGUUUAUGGGAUUCAGGAGAAGAUCGACGUUCACAGAUCAGCAGCAGAGGAGGAGAUGAAUGAAAAAGACAAGUGCGGCCCCGGCUCUUCGCCCGUCUGUGACGGUGACGCUAAAAGCAGAAGCAGGCUGCGCCGGAAGCCCCGGGUCCUCUUCUCUCAGUCCCAGGUGUCCCAGCUGGAGAGGCGCUUCAGGCAGCAGCGCUACCUGUCCGCCCCGGAGAGAGAGCACCUGGCCGAGGCUCUCAAACUCACCUCCACCCAGGUCAAAAUCUGGUUUCAGAACCGGCGGUACAAAUGCAAGCGUCAGACGCAGGACAGGUCCCUAGAGCUGGCCGGGUUCCCACCCGCACCGAGGCGGAUAGCGGUGCCAGUGCUGGUGCGGGACGGGAAGCUGUGCGGCGCAGGUCCCUACCAUUCGGGGCCUUACAACGUAACUCUGGGACACUACAGCCCGGUGUUUGGCAGCGGAAGCAGCGACCUGUACGGCUGCAGGCACCACGGCGUGUCCAGCUGCAGCGGGCAGCUGUCGGAUUCAGUUGACUCUGCUCCACCAGCUCCAGGCUUCUUUACUGGUUGUUAGAGGCUGGUGAUAUGCACCUGUUCACUAUUUUCCCUGUUUUACGCAAUUGUAGCUAC